AUUGGAUUUGGUGUUUCAAAAUCAGUCGAUCUCCGAAGCCUUUUCCGGUGAGGAGUCAUCUUUUUGUGGCGAAAUCUCUCAGCCGAUCUUUGUUGGCAGCCGUAUUUCACCGUUGAUUCUCGAAAUUCCUCUGAGUCGAGCAAUACCCAAGAACCUCUUCAAUCAAAUCAAUCCACCGUCCUCCUCGCCUGAGUUAUAUCCCCAAAAAUCGAAGCUUUUCUUCCAUAACACAACCAACCUGCUUUGUAGUGAACAUGUCAGAAUAUGAUAAUGUGGUUGUUGGGAAGCUGAAGCUCAAGGGAAAGGCUCUGGAUGUGAAAGCUGGUGGUAUGAAGAAAAAGAAGAAACACAAGAAGCUUCUUCAAGAACAGAAGUCUGUAAUCACAGAAGAUGAUCUUUCAGCUGGUGGUGGAAGUAGAGAAUUGACAAUCAAUCCUGAUGAGGAUGAAAUCAAUGAUAGCAUCAGCAACAGCAAAUUGAGUGAAGAGGGAAAGACUGCUACUUAUGAUCAUAAUCUGACAGCUGCUGAAAAAAGAUACAUAGAACAAAGAGAGAGAAUAGAUAACCAUAAAUUGGCCAAGACUGCUAACAAAUCUCACCGUGAUAGGAUUCAGGAUUUCAAUCAGUAUCUUGCAAACAUGAGUGAGCAUUAUGACAUCCCUAAAGUUGGUCCAGGUUAACUAAUCAAGCCAAGCCUAUCAUUCGUGUCAUGUCUUUCUCAACAAUGUCUUUGUUUACCAAUAUUGUUGGGCAGAUUAUGCAACUUUUAUGUAUUUCUUCUGUUCUGUUCUGGGACUCAAUGAUUGUUUUCUGUUCUAUUGUGAGAUGUUUAUGUGGUCUAACCACAGGUGGUGACAAGUUUGAUACACAACUACAUGUUUAACUGUACUAAAAUCUAUUCAAACUUGUAUAAUAUACUAGAUCAUUUUAAUGCA